GGUCUGUGGCGCGUACUUCAAGGCGGCGUACGUGGGUAGAAGAUGCUCCACCGGAGAUGUGUGGCCGAAUUUGGACGAGAUCUCGGUCCAAAUGGGGUACAUGUUUUCUUUGGACUUUUACCGGGCUUGGUUGAUGAUGAUGUGACCGUCCGAUUUUACGGGCUGUUUGGCCUUCCAUGGCACUUAUAUUUACAAGAGGUGAUAGUUCACACAGUCCGGUUCACAGAGUCUAUCUCGUGGGCAGAAGAAGGUUGUCUAUGCAAGAAAAAAACCCAGAGCCACAGGUCAGACUCAGGAUGAACGAGCGAGGAAAGGUUCAAAGAGGCCAGUCAGAAGUAUUUGUGGCAGUGGGAGCUCAGGUGGUGCUUCAGCCAAGGUUCCUAGAAGAAAGUGGGUCAGAAUCGGAGAACUAGUAUUCCAGUUGUUGGAACAUCUCCAGAAAAUUUAUUCUGAGGAUGUUUUAGGAUCCAGCAGUGUGCAUUAGCAGUGGGAGCCGGUAGGUACUAAGGACGAGUCAAGGACAGAUUUAGCUGUGACUAAAGUGUUGGAGCUCAG